AAACAUUGUAGCAACAAAGAGAGAUAAAUGGCAGGACAAGAAAUGGCUAACAGAGAAAGCAGGUGGUCCCUUCAAGGAAUGACCGCUCUUGUUACCGGUGGAACCAAAGGAAUCGGGUAUGCUGUUGUUGAGGAAUUGGCAGGCCUGGGGGCUACCGUACAUACAUGCUCUCGAAACGAAGCUCAACUCAAUGAAUGUUUACAUGAGUGGAAGAUGAAGGGAUUUCGAGUCUCUGGUUCAGUCUGCGAUGUAGCGUCUCGAACCCAACGAGAGGAGAUAAUGAGCACAGUCUCGUCUAUGUUUAAUGGCAAACUCGACAUCCUUAUAAACAAUGUGGGAACGGCCAGAGCGAAACCAACCUUGGAGUACACAGCUGAAGAUUUCUCAUUUCUCAUGUCUACCAAUCUUGAAUCAGCUUAUCACUUGAGCCAACUUGCUUAUCCUCUUCUGAAAGUUUCGGGAGCAGGAAGCAUUGUUUUCGUUUCUUCGAUUGCUGGUGUAGUAGCCGUAAAUAUGGGAGCAACUAUAUAUGGUGCAGCUAAAGGAGCGAUGAAUCAACUCACAAAAAAUUUGGCAUGUGAGUGGGCAAAGGAUAACAUAAGGAGUAACUCUGUUGCGCCAUGGUAUAUCAAAACUCCCCUGGCUGAAAGUUUUUCGGUGAGAAAUGCAAAUUUUUUGGAGGCUGUUAUCUCUCAAACCCCUCUUGGACGUGGUGGAGAGCCAAAGGAAGUUUCUUCCUUGGUGGCAUUCCUAUGCCUACCUGCAGCUUCUUACAUAACCGGUCAGACCAUUUGUGUUGAUGGAGGGAUAACUGUAAAUGGCUUCAGCUUACCAUGAGCAGCAGAAAAUGAUGUUCAGACACACAUUGUUGGAAUAUAUUUUUGGUACUGCAACAAGGCAUGAUUGUAAACCCAUGAAUAUUCGCAUGACUACAACUAUUUUUAUGCAAGGAAAAAUAAAUAAAUAUAG